CCCAGAGCAGCGAUGGAAGUGGGGCGUCCAGCGGCAGUUCGGGCUAUUGCACGGGCUAGGCGUAGGAACAGCCCACCUGUUCCGGAAACGCUAAGGAAUUGGGUAGAUAUAUUCAAUUCCAAUGAAUGGGGCCCAAGACUGCGUAAUGUGAACGGUUCAAUGGCGCCAUUUUACGAAGGUCCAUUGGAGAUUUUGAACGAUGAUGGAAGUGUUCGCUUUGUUGGAAUUGUCUUCACUAACAACUCGUUCUUGCAAGAAAUAAAUUUACAUUUAAAUAGUGUAAGGACUUUAUGUAUGGAUGGUACUUUUCAAAUAAGACCACGACAGCCAGCUGAUAUAAAUCAACUAUUUACUAUCCAAAUAAUUUUUAACAAUGUGGCAAUUCCAAUCGUACACGCGCUGAUGGUUGAUCGCAAUACUGAGAGCUACUGCCGUUUACUUCAGUUUGUAAGGAAUGAACUGCAGUUAAACAUUGAUUACACCAAUAUCCAGAUAAUUACUGAUUUUGAACAGGGUCUGAGGAAUGCUAUAGCUAGGGUGUUACCAGAAGCCAACAAUUCUGGCUGUUGGUUUCAUUAUAUCCAGGUACUGCAAUAACACAGAUAAAUUAAACAGACAGACAUAUAAUAUAUUAAUUUAUUUAAUGACAUGUUAAGGCAAUAAAAUAUAUUUUAAUAAACAAUUUUUAUUUCAGAGCAUUAUUCGAUAUGUUCGAAGCCAUCGAAUGGUGAAUUUGUGCACCAUUAAUGAAAAUGCAAGGCGAAUUCUGAGAAUGGUAAUCAUCUUUUGUGAUAAAU